AUGAAGUCCAAGCUGACUGCAAAGACUGAAGUUCCUCUGAGGAGAAGUGAAAGAUUUCCAAAUGCUGGAAAAUCCUCUUUGCUAAGUCAGAUUUCUCAUGCAAAACCAGAAAUUGCAAAUUAUGCUUUUACAACAGUAAAGCCUGAACUUGGAAAGAUUAUGUAUGAUGAUUUCAACCAGAUAUCAGCAGCUGAUCUCCCAGGUUUGAUAGAAGGAGCACAUAUGAACAAAGGAAUGGGCCACAAAUUUCUGAAGCACAUAGAAAGAACUAGACAACUACUUUUUGUUGUUGAUAUUUGUGGAUUUCAGCUUUCUUCCCGAACUAAGUACAGAACUGCUUUUGAAACCAUAAUACUGCUUACAAAAGAGUUGGAGUUAUACAAAGAGGAACUUCAAAUGAAACCUGCACUCCUGGCUGUUAAUAAAAUGGAUUUGCCAAAUGCCCUGGAUAAAUUUCAUGAGCUAAUGAGCCAUCUGCAGAAUCCUAAAGCUUUUCUGCAUUUAUUUGAAAAGAACACAAUUCCAGAGAGGACUGUGGAGUUCCAGCAUAUCAUCCCCAUCUCUGCUGUUACUGGAGAAGGAGUGGAAGAAUUAAAGAACUGUAUAAGGAAAUCAAUAGAUGGACAUGCCAACCAGGAAAGUGAAGAAUAUCAUAAGAAACAGUUGCUUAAUUUGUGGAUUUCUGAUAGUGUACCUUACAGUGAGCCACCAUUAAAGCAUGCUGUCACUAGUCCUAGAAAGGAUAUAAUUUAACUCUGGUAAAAAUAGUAUUAGUAUGUAGACCACAGUGAUAGAAAUCCUGUCAUUUGUGACAGCAUGGAUAAACCUAGAAACACGGUUAAAAGCAAUAAGUCAAGUCUGGGUGUG